CACGCCGCCUCUGUUUUUGUUUAAAAGAAGGAAAAGCAAAAUUUCCUCGGAAACCCGGUUUUCCUCUUCAAAGACGUUUCUCUCCCUCUCUUUCCUCUUUCUUUCUCUUAUCAAAAUCUUUGUGUUCAUAACACCAAAAUCUUUGUGUGUUCUUUAGAUCUAACACACACAUAUUAUAUGUAUAUGUACAUGUAUAUGCUUAUCUAAAUAUACGAAACGCGUUUGUAGAGACAGUGGAUCUGUUUGUUUGCGCUCUUGAAAUCCGAUAAUGGACAAUGAGGAUAUUGAAGGCCGAGAUGAAGAAUUCCUGUCGCGGAUGCCUGGCGGUCGCAAAUACCGGCAGGUGGUGGCCAAUGACCAGACCGUCCUUGAGAUGUCGACGAUCGAUCCUGGACCCUCCUCCUCCUCCUCCUCCGAGAUUCAUCAAACUUCUUUCAAGAAAAUAAAAGUAGGCAGGCAAGCCAACAUGGACCCUGACGCAAGAGAAGGCUCUAUGCCUCCGAAUGCAGGAGCUAAUCGCCCGCAUAGGGAGUCCAAGUUGGAGCUAUUUGGCUUCGAUUCUCUUGUCAACAUUCUUGGUCUCAAGAGUAUGACAGAGGAACAAAUUGCUGCACCUUCUAGUCCUAGAGAUGGUGAAGAUAUUACCAUCACUGAUGGCCGUCUGAAGGGUAAUGAUCUCAAACUGGGAACAAUGAUGGGUGUAUUUGUCCCAUGCUUGCAGAACAUAAUGGGAAUCAUAUAUUAUAUUCGAUUUUCUUGGAUUGUUGGCAUGGCUGGCAUUGGUGAAUCACUACUGUUGGUAGCAUUCUGUGGCUUAUGUACUUUUCUUACUGGGAUUUCUCUAAGUGCUAUUGCGACUAAUGGUGCCAUGAAGGGUGGGGGACCAUAUUAUCUCAUUGGUCGUGCCCUUGGCCCAGAGGUUGGCGUGAGCAUUGGAUUAUGUUUCUUCCUUGGAAAUGCGGUUGCUGGAGCUCUUUAUGUGCUGGGAGCUGUGGAAACCUUCUUAAAAGCUGUGCCUGCUGCUGGGAUAUUUAGAGAGACCAUCACAAAGGUUAAUGGCACGGUAACUCCAGAACCCAUACAAAGUCCAAGUUCACAUGAUCUACAAAUUUAUGGGAUUGUUGUGACUAUCCUCCUGUGCUUUAUCGUGUUUGGUGGUGUGAAAAUGAUCAAUCGGGUUGCACCUGCUUUUCUCAUUCCAGUUUUGUUCUCUCUUUUUUGCAUAUUUGUUGGGGGCUUUUUAGCAGGGACGGAUAAGCCAUCAGCUGGAAUAACGGGCUUAAGUAUUACAAGUUUUAAAGAAAAUUGGAGUCCGGAUUAUCAGACUACCAAUAAUGCUGGAAUCCCUGAUCCUGAUGGAAAAUCACACUGGAAUUUCAAUGCCUUGGUUGGUCUCUUUUUUCCUGCUGUAACUGGAAUUAUGGCAGGUUCAAAUCGAUCAGCCUCACUUAAAGACACCCAACGUUCAAUUCCCGUUGGAACAUUAGCUGCAACACUUACUACCACUGCCCUAUACAUCAUAUCAGUGUUCUUUUUUGGAGCACUUGCAACCAGAGAAAAGCUUUUGACGGACAGGCUACUUACAGCAACAGUUGCAUGGCCUUUCCCUGCUGUUGUUUAUAUUGGAAUCAUCCUUUCAACUUUAGGAGCAGCUCUUCAAAGCUUGACAGGUGCCCCACGCCUGCUCGCUGCAAUAGCCAAUGACGAUAUUCUUCCUAUUCUUAAUUAUUUCAAAGUCGCAGAUGGGAAUGAGCCUUAUAUUGCUACCAUGUUUACUUCGUUCAUCUGCAUUGGGUGUGUCAUUAUUGGGAAUCUAGAUCUUAUCACACCUACUAUAACAAUGUUUUUCCUGUUAUGUUAUGCGGGUGUGAACUUGUCUUGCUUCCUUUUGGAUCUUCUUGAUGCUCCCAGUUGGCGUCCUCGCUGGAAGUUUCACCACUGGAGCCUCUCUCUUCUUGGAGCAUCACUUUGUAUAGUGAUCAUGUUCUUGAUCUCGUGGUCAUUCACUGUUGUAUCUCUGGCCCUUGCAAGCCUUAUGUACUAUUAUGUGAGCAUCAAAGGAAAGGCUGGGGACUGGGGCGAUGGGUUCAAAAGUGCAUACUUUCAACUAGCCCUUCGCAGUCUUCGAUCCCUGGGAGCAAACCAAGUGCACCCGAAGAAUUGGUAUCCAAUCCCCCUUGUAUUCUGUCGUCCAUGGGGAAAGCUGCCAGAAAAUGUUCCAUGCCACCCAAAACUUGCUGAUUUUGCGAACUGUAUGAAGAAAAAAGGCCGUGGGAUGUCCAUAUUCGUUUCUAUACUUGAUGGAGACUACCACGAACUUGCUGAAGAUGCCAAGACAGCCUGCAAGCAGCUAAGUACCUACAUUGACUAUAAGCGUUGUGAAGGUGUAGCAGAAAUAGUUGUAGCCCCUAAUAUGUCUGAAGGCUUCCGUGGUAUUGUUCAGACCAUGGGCCUGGGCAAUCUCAAGCCUAACAUUGUUGUGAUGCGUUAUCCAGAAAUAUGGCGUCGUGAAAAUUUAACCGAAAUCCCGGCCACCUUUGUUGACAUCAUUAAUGACUGCAUAAUUGCAAACAAGGCUGUUGUAAUUGUCAAGGGACUUGACGAAUGGCCCAAUGAGUAUCAAAGACAGUAUGGUACCAUUGAUUUGUAUUGGAUUGUGAGAGACGGUGGUCUUAUGCUUCUCCUUUCUCAGCUUCUUCUUACCAAGGAGAGUUUUGAGAGUAGUAAGAUUCAAGUGUUUUGCAUUGCAGAGGAGGAUUCAGAUGCAGAGGGGCUCAAGGCUGAUGUGAAGAAGUUUCUGUAUGACCUUCGGAUGCAGGCUGAAGUUAUUGUUGUGACAAUGAAAUCAUGGGAUGUUCAAGCUGAGGGCGGAUCUCCAUCAGAUGAUUCACUGGAAGCGUUCAGUGGUGCUCGUAAACGGAUUGCUGAUUACUUGGUUGACAUGAAGGAGGCAGCACAGAGAGAUGGUACUCCAUUGAUGGCCGAUGGAAAGCCUGUGGUGGUGAAUGAGCAACAGGUGGAGAAGUUUCUUUACACAACUUUGAAGUUGAACUCAACAAUACUUAAAUAUUCAAGAAUGGCUGCAGUUGUGCUUGUGAGUCUACCACCGCCGCCGGUUAAUCAUCCAUCGUACUUUUACAUGGAGUACAUGGACCUAUUGGUAGAAAACGUACAAAGGCUGUUGAUUGUGAGAGGAUACCGAAGAGAGGUUGUAACUCUGUUCACGUAGUUGUCAGCAUUCACGCAUUGUUCAUAUUGUUUACAAACCACCCCCCUCCUGCGCUUCCCUUCUGUUUUCAUUUUUCCCCCCUUCUCCAAUCCAGCAUUUUGUUGUUUUGUUGACUAGCUUUUAUAGAAAAUUUUAUGUUAUACAGAUCUAAUCACAUAGAUAAUUGCUUUGAUGUUUGGGUGAUGAAA